AGUCGGGGUCGUAGGCAUUCGAGAGUAACACGUGCGUCGCCUGCUGUAUUAUUGUUAUUGUCGUGUCGUUGUCGUCAGUGCACCCCGAAAGCUGUACAAGAAAUGUGCCGCGCUCGGUGAAUAUCAUUAGAGAACACUUCUGCAUAUUGUCCAAGCUUAGGGCUGCACCCACUGCACCAUGUCGCGACUCAUUGUGAAAAAUCUGCCCCCGAGUGUAAAUAUUGAAGAGUUCAAGAAACACUUUAGUGAGAGAGGAAAUAUCACAGAUGCAAAGCUCGUCCACAAGGAUGGUACAUUCAGAAGGUUUGGUUUCAUUGGGUAUGAAAAUGGAGAUGCAGCUACCGAUGCUUGCAACUUCUUUAAUGGCACCUACUACAAGCAAUACAAGAUUAUUGUGGAAGUCUGCGAAGCUUUUGGUGAGUAA